CAGACGUAGGAACUGCCGGCGUGCGUCCCGGAGCCUCGCGACGCUGGUCAUCCGUGCCUCGGCAGCUUAGAGGCAGCAUGGCCACGGUGGCAGCGGCGGCCCGUGGGGCCGGGGCGAGGGCGGCAGCAGGGCUGCGGAGCUGCGGCGGGGCUGUGGCUCGAGAACGACCGCGCGCAGGCUGCGCUCGGCGCCUGUGCACUGCCCCGGCUGCCCCGGCUGCCGUGGACAUGAAAAGCUACCUGUGGGCGCGCUACCACGAGGCGAAGAGGAGCACGGACGAAUUGGUUCCAUCCAUCAUGAACAACUUGCUGAAUCCAGACGCCAUUUUCUCGAACAAUGAGAUGAGCCUGUCAGACAUCGAAAUAUACGGCUUUGAUUAUGAUUACACCCUGGUAUUCUAUUCCAAGCACCUCCACACACUCAUCUUCAAUGCUGCCCGGGACCUUCUCAUCAACGAACACAGGUAUCCUGCAGAAAUCAGGAAGUAUGAGUAUGACCCAAGCUUUGCCAUCCGGGGACUCCAUUACGAUGUCCAGCGGGCAGUGUUGAUGAAGAUCGAUGCUUUUCAUUACAUCCAGAUGGGAACAGUGUACAGAGGCCUCAGUGUUGUCCCUGAUGAAGAAGUCAUAGACAUGUAUGAGGGGUCCCACGUGCCCUUGGAGCAGAUGAGUGACUUUUAUGGAAAGAGUUCUCAUGGGAACACCAUGAAGCAGUUCAUGGAUAUCUUCUCGCUGCCCGAGAUGACCCUGCUGUCCUGUGUGAACGAGCACUUCCUGAAGAACAACAUUGACUAUGAGCCUGUGCACUUGUACAAAGACGUCAAGGACUCCAUAAGGGAUGUCCACAUCAAAGGGAUAAUGUACCGAGCAAUCGAAGCGGAUAUUGAAAAGUACAUCUGUUAUGCUGAUCAGACCCGUGCAGUGUUGGCUAAACUGGCUGCCCACGGCAAGAAGAUGUUCCUCAUUACCAAUAGCCCAAGUAGCUUUGUAGACAAAGGGAUGCGGUACAUCGUGGGGAAGGACUGGCGAGACCUGUUUGAUGUGGUCAUAGUUCAGGCCGAGAAACCCAACUUCUUCAAUGACAAGCGGAGGCCUUUCCGAAAGGUGAAUGAGAAAGGUGUCCUACUCUGGGAUAAAAUCCACAAGCUGCAGAAAGGCCAGAUUUACAAGCAGGGUAAUUUGUAUGAAUUUUUGAAGCUCACUGGAUGGAGAGGAUCCAAAGUACUGUAUUUUGGUGACCACAUCUACAGCGAUCUGGCGGAUCUGACCCUCAAGCAUGGCUGGCGCACUGGAGCGAUCAUCCCCGAGCUUCGUUCCGAGCUCAGGAUCAUGAACACGGAGCAGUACAUCCAGACCAUGACCUGGCUGCAGACCUUGACGGGGCUCCUGGAGCAGAUGCAGGUCCACAGAGACGCCGAGUCACAGCUGGUUUUACAGGAGUGGAAAAAGGAGAGGAAGGAGAUGAGAGAAAUGACCAAAAGUUUCUUCAACGCCCAGUUUGGGAGCUUGUUCCGAACAGACCAGAAUCCAACCUACUUCCUGAGGCGGCUAUCAAGGUUCGCUGACAUCUACAUGGCAUCUCUGAGCUGCCUUCUGAACUACGACGUCCACCACACGUUCUACCCCAGGAGGACUCCUCUGCAACAUGAGCUCCCUGCGUGGUCGGACAGCCCGUCUGCCUUCAAAGCCCCUUUGCUGCAGGAGGCUCAGGCCAAGUAGUCCUGGGUUUGCCUGAGGAAAAAGCAGAAGCACUCGUGGCCUCACAAAGGGCCAGGCGGCCUCAGGGUUGCUUCCCAGAGUCAGAUGCGCCGUUUGUAUUUUUUCUAUCUUACUAUGAACACUGUCCUGUCCAGGUUGAGAUGGGGCUGGAUGCCUGGGGCCUCCCCGCCCUUCUCCACACAACGGUGUUGAAACCCUUAUGAGACCUUGCUUAUUGUGGAACCAGCAACGUCGGGCCUCUUGAUGAAUGAGACCUCUUGAUGGCUUCUGACAAGUGAGACCUCUUGAUGGCUGCCUGUGUUCCAUAGGUCGAGAGUGGACACUUCUUGAUUCUGUGAGGCAUUUCUUGGUUGUUUACAAGCAGCACUGGGGACCCCAAGGGCGUGGUGAUCUGCAGCACACCAGGAAGCAGGUUCCUGAGGGAACAGCCCUACCUGUGGCCAGUUCUCCCAUUGCCUGGUCCUAGGCUUUCAACGACAUUUUCCCAUAGAAUUCACAGCCUUCUGGAAUGACUUUAUUGAGGGAAAACAAGAAGCAUUUGUCACAGUGGCUACUUGCUUUGUCUGCCCCAAAGGGGUGACGGGUCGGCUCCCUCCUCCCUAGGAAAAGCGGGAGAAGACAGCCACUCGCACUAAAAUUGCCUUUCAGCCAGUGUGUUGGACAUUAUAGAAGACAAGAAAGACUCAGCCUGUGGCCAGGGCUAGUCUGUGUGUUAGACAUCCAGUGCAGACAGCUUGCCGUGGGAACGCCACAUUUCAUGCUGAAAGCUGGGGAAAUCGCUUCUGCCCUUCCCCCUCUGGAGGGAAGAAUCCUUGAUUAUGUCUGAUUGUAGUAGCUUUGAACACUUUUGCUGCUUAGGCACCACAGGAGUGGCUGCUGUUAUCAACAGUUCUGUUUAAUGGCGUUUUCGUUGCAGACAACAUGGUCAUUGUAAACGCCAGGAAAGCGCUCGUGGCCAGAUUAGCCUUGUCACCUGGCCUGACUCAUUUUAAACUUUUGCGCUCAUGUGGCGCUGUUGCUGCUGCUGCUGCUGCUGCUUUCCCUCCCCCUCCCCCCAGGUAGGGUCUUGCUUUGGAGCCUGGGCUGG